GUCGUUGCUCUCGUCGAAGAGAAAUAAAUCAGAUGAUGGGACCAGUUCGUUAUAUCUUUUGAUCGUCAGGUCAAGGAACAAGAAUCUGUUGUCGGUGUUUCCGUUUCUUUCCUUCUGGAGUUGACUGAUGAGGGAAACAAGAAGAAGAAGAAAGUAAUAUAGAAAGAAGAACAAGGUAAAUAAAUAUACAGAUGUAGGGGAAGGUGGUCAGGGCAGUUCCCCGUUAUCCAACCAGUAUAUAGCCAUCCAGCUGGCGUAUCUUCGGUUCAGUCAACAGCCCAGGUCAUGUCCAUCUCUUUAGCUUCACUAUUUAUAGCAGGGUUAGCGGUGGUGUCUGCAGCACCACCAGCCGACACGGGGUUCAUAGGAAGAGGUACCAACCUCCUCAGCACGACAAUGCUCCAGUUGAGGCAGUCAAACGACAGUAACUACGUCUUUUCGCCGUUGGGUUACUCAACCUUGUUGGCAGUCCUGGCUGAAGGAGGCGUUGGGCCGACGAGGAAUCAGAUUUCAGCGGCCUUGGAGCUACCUGAGGACUCGUACACCGUAAGGACCGCGUACAGGGCUAUACUUGCUCCUAUGCAGGAAAGAGGCGUACCAAACCAGCCAGAAUUCAAGAAUUGGUUCUAUCUUAAGAAGAACAUAACAGUUGAGGAUGGCUACAAAGCAAUCCUGGAAGAGAACUACUACACCGAAGUAAGAGAAAUUGACAACACCAUAAAAAUUCAUGAAGUCAAUGAGACCAGUCAGGAAAAUGAAACGACAACUGAGAAAGUGGCAUCAACUGAAAGAAUGGAGGGAGCAAAGGCUGUUGAACAAGAAAUCAUUCAGUCCUUUACAGAUAACAAAUUAGAUGGCCUUCCACCAUCUGAAGAAGGAAAGAGCGAUUUCAAGUCCAAAGCAAUCUGUUUCAAUGCUCUCUUCUUCAAUGGGAUGUGGGCUGAUAGUUUCUCUGAAGUUGAAGGAUGUAACUUCCAGACCCCUUCAGGUCCUGUUAAAGUCAACUGUGCUGAAUCUACUGGUAACUUCAGAAUGGCGAGAUUAGAACAACUGAAAGCUGACGUCCUACAGCUCCCAUACCAGGGAGGAAGAUAUGUUCUUGAUGUUAUAUUGCCUGAAAAGGAUCAAAGCCUGGAAGGUGUCACUUCAAAACUCUCCAGCCUAGACCUGUCAACAAUUGACAAGAACCUUGUUAACCGCACUAUGAAAAUUUGUCUUCCCAAGUUUAAGUUUUACACCAUCAGUCGUCCAAAAGAAGCUUUAAAUAAGCAUGGUGUUGAGGAUGUGUAUAGCGCAACAAUGGCUGAUUUCUCAACAAUAACUGGAGACAAACAGCUUUAUCUCGCCGACCUUGUCCAGUUUGUAUCCAUUGAAGUUAAUGAGAAAUCUGCUUCUUACAACUACCUCACAGCUACUAGCAUUGCCAGCUUAAGGACAGCAAUACCAGAAUUCCAUGUAAACAGGCCAUUCUUGUUUUUCUUAAGGGAUAAAAUUGAAAAUUACACAGUGAUUGCUGGAAAAUUAGAAAAUCCAAACUCUGAAAAAUAGUAUCUAAGACAACAGCCAAAAAAUAGAAAAGACGUAACAUCGUAAGAUUAUAUUUAUUUUUAUGUUUUUAUUAUUAAAAACAAUUAAAUUAUUUUAUAUUAUGUACAUAAAUUAUUUGUCUGUUUAUAUUAAAAUAAUAAGAUAUACAAGCUUGUUUUUCUUUUGGUUUUUUUCAUUUGACAUUUUCUUCAUCCAAUUGUACCUCAAGUAAAGCUUUGUUAACCAAAUCUUCAAGUUCCUUUGGUAGCUUUUCACUGGCUAAAACAGAGAAACAUAAAUAUUUAAUUUUAUCUAUAGUAAGUUUUACAUAAUACAGACAAUGUUACUAAAUCAGAAUAUAUAAGAAAAUUAGAAGAUUCUAUAUAGCUAAAAUAUUAUUGCUACAAAAAAAAAGUUAAUGGUAUUAUAAUUUAGUGAUUAAUAAUUUUGAAACUCACCAGAAGCCAGACAUAUUUUAAGAGAGUCAUAUUUAGACAAAAAAUAUUUAGUUUAGUAAUGAGUGGCUUCACAUCAAAGAUAUCUGUCAUAUUCAGAAAGUGAAGAAAAAUUCAAUUUUUGUUUUAUAGGUUCAACCUAAACUGUUUCUGAUGAUUUUAUUUAAGAAUGUUUAAGUUUUAUCAUGAAUAAAAUCAUUUGAAUUGGUUAAAAUUGAAAUAAUGUUACAAAAAUUGGCUUUUUCUUGAAUUUAAAAAAAUUGCAGAUGUUUGUCUUUGAAGCUACUCAAAUAACUAAUUAGUAAGAAACAGUUGGAAUUAAAUAUUAAAACAUUCAUUGAUAAUUUGAUAGAGACUUUGGACUAUUUGUUGGCAUUUUAAAAAAAAUUCUUCUAAUUUAAGAUCUUUUUUGCUGAUACAAAUAUCAAGUGUAGACUUGGAGAACUGUUUUGGGUUAGGGAAGAUGAUUUGUUUGAGGUGUGUGCGAACACACCUAGUUUAGACAAUAAUUAGUUUUAAAUUUAUCAAACUUGAUACCUGUAAGCCUUCUAAAUUACUGAAAUCAUUACGGCACGGUAUAGAUAAUGUUCUCAUCCUUAGACUUAUGGAGGUGAGCAACUUAUGUUUUACAUCAUAGAGCUCCUGGUCCUCCAUAUUGGGGCUAUUGAGCAUAGGUAUGAUAACCAUAUCUUACAAAAAAUCUCUUUAUCAAGAAAUAUAAAACUAGCCUCAGAAGCUAUAUAGAUACAUAAAAUCAAGAAAGAGGCUGUAGGGGCUUUAGCACUUUAUUAUUCUUGAGUCGUGGCGCUAAUUAAAAUCUGGCUUAGGCGGUUUGAAAUUUUCAUGGCAGACCCAUAGAAUGAAUCCUGACCUUCUCCUCUGGUUAUGAUAGGUUUGGUUGAACUUCUUCUCUUUUCCGUAUUCAGAAAUGGAGAGGCAGAGGGAGUAAAGAAAAAAUAUAAUAUUGGUCACUAAAAACUUUUUUAUGUAAUAAAGAGUUAUAAUACUUAUUUGUAUACCUAAAAAAAAUAUAGAAACAAGGAAAUCAUAGUUAGGAAAGAAUAUAUAUUUAUUAUAACUUACAAGUUUCGUCGUCUAAUAUUUCCUCUUUUAAUAUACAAGGUAAUGCUUUUCUCAGAUCUUUCUCAACUGUUUCCUUGGUUUGUUUUUCA